GUCGCGUUGCGCGUCCAUAAGUAAGCACGCUGAGACCUUGUCCACCUCGCAAGGACAUACGCAUCGCAGCCCCUAUGCGAAAAAUCUCCCGCCAUUUUCGAACGAGCGCGACCGCGAGGAACUUUGCUUCCAUAGAUUGGUCCUAAAAUUACUUAAUCUGUAUUUGGAAUAUUAAUUUGAAUAAAAAAAAAAGUGGAAGUGAUCUGGAAAUUUUGAUUUAUUUUUCAUUAUUGUAGGUACAGGGAGCGAGGGCGGAACAAUGUGUAUAUUAUAGAAGUAUUUCUAAAUCAGAAAUAGAGUUUAUUAAAUAUGGAAUUGCAUACUAUAAGCCAUUGUUUGCUCUUUUUGUUUAUUUUAUUGGCUACCGAAGGAAGCAAAGACAAUAAUAAUGUAACUGAAGAGUUUCGUGAACCACGAUCUAAUAGACGAGUGGUGAAGCUCUAUCCUAGGAUAAAACCCGAGUUAGUAGCGUGUCAUAAAGAGGGUUUUCAGGCUGACCCGUCCGAUUGCACAGUUUUUUACCGUUGCUUGGAAGCUGGAAGGGGCAAAUAUACAGUAUUUCGGUUUCAAUGUGCACCGGGAACUGUAUAUGAUCCAGAUACAGAAAUAUGUAAUCAUCCUCAAAAUACAAAGCGAAGUCAAUGUGGAGGUAAAGCCAUUUUAACAACUGCACCGACAUUUGAAAAUGAAAUUGAUGAUAUACAUCAGGAAGUCCCUUCCCCGAUUAGUACUAAACAACCUAUAUAUACAGAGAGAAUUAAAGAUGAUACCAUUUCUGUUUUAUUGACUACCAAAAACUUUGUACCUAUAAAAUUAUCUACUACAAAAUAUCCAUCAAUAGUAUCGACAAAGCAUAAUAAUUUAUAUUCACAUACUACCGCAGCCUCAAAGAUUUAUACUACAAAAAGUCAAAAGAUACUAACAAAUAGAAGGAAUUCAACCAAGCAUUAUAUGGAAAUAUCUACACUAUAUCCUCAUUUUAGUACUAAAAAUCAUAGACCUACAUUAAUAACUCAACCGCCAAAAUUACAAAAUAAUCAGAUAUGCAAUUCUACUGGAUUUAUUGGUGAUAGUGAAAACUGUCGAAAAUUUUAUAGAUGUGUAAAUAAUUUAAGAGGCGGAUUUAUAAAAUAUGAAUUUUUAUGUAGUGAGUCUACUAUUUGGGAUGAUGAUAUACAAGCUUGUAAUCAUGCAUGGGCUGUUAAGAGGCGACGAUGUGGACGUGGAAAUUCUGAUAAAAAUUUCAACGAUAUAAAUUACAUAUUUAAUACAGUGACAGAAACAGUUAAUUCAAAUAUAAGCAAAUUUCAACCAGUAAAAUCAACUCCUGUAACACCUGUAAUAAGUAAAGCAAAAAAGACUAUCCAAAAAGUCGACACAAAUCAAUCCAAACAUACUACUUUAUCUUUCCUGCAAAAUGGUUAUCAGGAUUAUGCAACAAUGAAAACUAAAGUCACUAGCAUAUCCACUUCCCAGGAAUGUACUAAAACCGGAUUUAUAGGAGAUCGUAAUGAUUGUACAAAAUUUUAUAGAUGCAUUGAUAAUGGAAAAGGGAGUUAUUCAAAACACGAGUUUUCGUGUGGUGAAGGAACUGUAUGGGAUCCUAAGAUAGAAGGUUGUAAUCAUGCAUGGGCAGUUGAAGAAUGUGGAAGUAAAGUUUCUUUAGAAAACAUGAGUACAGAAAAUAAUGUAAAUUAUACAACAAUAUUUGAAAACACAAAAAGUACACUGAAAGAAAGUACCACUACUGAACGCACUACAAAAUUUUCACAGACUUCUAUUUCACCUACAGAAUUAAUAACAAAUGAAGUUGAAAAUAUAGGAUAUGGUAGUCAGCAUCUUUACCCUAGUUCAUCGGAGACGAAUAAUUUUACAUAUUUUACGUCGACAUCUACAACAACUAACAAUAAUAUAGGUAAUAAUUGUAUAGCUAGUGGAUUUAUUGGAGAUGAAAAUGAUUGCAAAAAGUUCUAUAGAUGUGUAGAUAAUGGCCAAGGAGGAUAUAUACGUUAUGAGUUCUCUUGCGGACAAGGUACUGUAUGGGAUUCGAAAAUCGAAGCAUGCAAUCAUGGUUGGGCAGUUGAGAAAUGUGGUGGAAGUGAUAUAAAUAACAUAAAUAAAGUAGAAACAACAACAGCAAUGGAUUCUAUAACAUCUAUAUCACAUAUUCAUUCAACUUCACCUAAUCAACAUAAUACUGAUUACUACGAUGUAGGUUAUGAAUCUCAAAACAACAAACCUAUAUCUUCAACGUCUAUUACUACAAUUAUAACUUCAGAACAACCUACGACUAACGGAAAUGAAUGUUCAUCUAAUGGAUUUAUGAGCGACAAAAAUGACUGUAAAAAGUUCUAUAGAUGUGUAGAUGAUGGCAAUGGAAAUUAUAUACGUUAUGAUUUUACAUGUGGGGAGGGUACUGUAUGGGAUUCUAAUAUAGAAGCAUGUAAUCAUGCUUGGGCAGUAGAAAGUUGUGGAAAAACUGAGAAUAUUCCACAUACUACUGCAAAGCCAAAGCCUUUAAAUGAGGAAGAAAUAAAUAAUAGUUAUCCUAUAUAUAAUGAUAAUAUAUCCGAUAAAACAACAGAAAAUAUUCAAUAUACUACAACUCGUAAGCCCAUCAAAUCUAAUAAUGACACCUGUUCAAAAGAAGGAUUUUUUGGUGAUUCCAAUGAUUGUAAAAAGUUUUAUAGAUGUGUUGAUAACAAUAAUGGAGGAUAUAUUAAAUAUGAAUUUACUUGCGGAGAAGGCACUGUAUGGGAUCCUGCAAUAAAUAAUUGUAACCAUAAAAGUUCUUGUAAAAUUGAUAUUACUACUGAAAAUUUAGAAACUUCCUCGGAGAAAAUAGUAACGGAAAGUAUAGAAAUGCAAAACGACUUAAAUUCUCCACAAUUAGAAACAACAACAACAACUACCAUAAAGCCAAACUCACCUAAUGUGUGUUCUCAAGAAGGUUUUAUCGGUGACGAAAAUAACUGUAAAAUAUUCUACAGGUGUGUAGAUAAUGGAAGUGGAGGAUAUAUUAAAUAUGAGUUUACCUGUGGUGAUGGUACUAUUUGGGAUAGUAAAAUACAGGCUUGUAAUCAUGACUCACAAAAUAGUGGUUGUAAUACAAAUGGUAACGAUUCCAGUAUAUUUAAUAAUAACGAAGUGAAUAUAGAAAACAAUAUAAUAAAUUCUACAUCUACAGAAAAUAUUAUGACCGAAAGUAUGCAACAGGGUUAUCCUUCAGAAACAAUUACUAAUAUAUGUAAAGCUGAAGGAUUUUACAGUAAUUCUAAUAACUGUAAAAUGUUUUAUCGAUGUGUAAAUGACGGCAAAGGUGGUUAUAACAAAUAUGAUUUUUCGUGUGGAGAAGGAACUAUGUGGGAUCAAAAAAUACAAUCAUGUAACCAUGAAUUAUCAAACUACACAUGUUCAAAUAAGGAUGUCGCUGAAUCGACACAAAGCAACAAACCUUCAACAGAAAGUAAUUACAAUACUGAUACUACUUCCAGACCUUUUGAACAUAGUCAGUCUACAGAAAAUAUAGAACUAGACUCCUCCCCUGGUAAUCAAAAUGAUCAAUGUAUGUCAGAAGGUUUCUUUGGAGAUUCUACAAAUUGUAAGAAAUUUUAUCGUUGUGUAGAUAAUGGCAGAGGAGGCUAUACUAAAUACGAGUUUUCUUGUGCUGAAGGUACAGUUUGGGUCCAAGAUAUACAAGCUUGUGAUCAUGAUGAAGAUUCUGAAAAUUGUAUCUCCAGUAAUAAACAAACCACAACAACAAAGCAAACAACAUACGUGGAUGGUAUACAACAGUUAACAACAACGGAAAAAUCUAACUCUGCGUAUAAACCAGACAAACAAGACGACGAAUAUUCAUAUAAUGAUUCCAAUGGAUCACUAUCUGAUAGUGGAAAUUGUUCAUCUGAAGGCUUUUAUUCAAAUAAAAAUGAUUGUAAAUAUUUUUACCGAUGCGUUGAUAACGGAAAUGGUGGCUAUAUAAGAUAUGAUUUUAAAUGUGGAGAAGGUACUGCAUGGGAUUCAGAUCUUCAGACUUGUAAUCAUAUACAGGAGGUUAAAAGUUGUAAAAAUUCAAAUCAAGGUCCUUCUCAAGAUAAACCAAUGAUGGAUGAAGAUUCAUCUCAAACUACAGAAAACACAAAUUACAAUAAUACUACAGAAAGUUCUAAACCAAGUAAUAAGGACAAAUGUGAAACAGAUGGCUACUUCGGUGAUUCUCAAGAUUGUUCAAAGUUUUAUAGAUGUGUUGAAAAUGAAAAAGGUGGAUACACGAAAUACGAUUACACUUGUGGUGAAGGCACUGUAUGGGAUCAGGACAUAUUAACUUGUAAUCAUCCCCAAGAUGUAACAAAUCCUUCUUGCAAAGAAAAAGAAAAUAAUACUUCAACAACUGAUUCAUCUAAUAGCAUGUCAUCUUCUACAUUAUCAUCCCAAAGCACAAGCACAAGUACUUCGGAAAGUCCACAACAAAAUAAUUCCAACUGCACACAGGAAAGUUCUACUAAAUCACCUAUAAAUCAAAAUAUUACUUGUGAAAAAGCUGGAUAUUAUGCCAACCCCAAUGAUUGUAAGAAGUUUUAUAGAUGUGUUGACUGGGAUGGAGAUGGAAAGCGUUUUUCAGUGUACCAUUUUGAUUGUGGUGAUGGUACAAUAUGGGAUCCUCAACUUGAAACAUGUAAUUACGAAGAAUCAGUAUACCCUCCACGCAUUUGUAAUGGACUACAGUCACAAAGUGAAAAUAGUGGAGAAUCAACUACACAAAAAGAAGUUACUACAACAAACGUAGAAGAGUCUACGCAAGUGUUCACAACAGAUCAUACGACAGAAUUAUCUACUAGUAGUGAAGAAAUGACAAGCGACUCCUCUAUUUCUAGCAGUGAGCAAACUACUCUACAAUCUACAACAACAGAAAAAAUAACAACUCAAAAGUCAACUACAGUAGAUGUAACAACUCAGGAAUCAACUACUACAGAUCAAACAACAUCUAAACAAUCAACCACAACUGAACAAGAAACAACUGAACAAACAACAACUGAAAAAACAACAACUCAGCAGUCUACUACCGAUCAAACAACAUCCCAACAAUUAACAACAACUGAACAAACAACAACUCAACAGUCUACUACUACUGACCAAAUGACGUCCCAACAAACAACCACAACAGAAUAUACAACAACUCAAGAGACAACUAUAUCAGAACAAACGACAUCUACAAAUGAAGGAACAACUGAUCAAUCUACAACUAGCGAACAGACUACUACCGAACUUACCACAAUCCAAGAAAGUACUUCCCAACAAAUAAUGAAUACAGAAGAUACAACAACACAACAAUCUAGUACAACAGAAUCAACUACUACGGAUAAUGCAGUAAGUACAGAACAGACAACUUUUGAACAACAAUCUACUACUACAGAGCAAACAGAUAGCAGUACUAAUGAAAGUUCAACAACGGAAGAAACCUCAAGUUCUCCAAAUAAAUGCCCCGAAACUGACGAUGAUCAGUACUUAUAUGUUUGUCCAACAUCAUUCAAAAGACAUCCUAAGUACUGUAAUAUGUUUUACCAAUGCACCGAAGACGACGACACACAUGAAUUAAAAAUUGCUGUAUUUACUUGUCCGAACAAUACUAUUUAUGACGAAAAUCAAAUACAGUGUAUCGAAGAAAAUAAGACUGAUGAUAAAUGUGACGGAGAAAUAGCUCAACAACGAAGAAUAAAACGUUUAAACUUUUAUUAUAAAGAACCGAUUAUAGCUAGCAGAGGAAAAUUAUCAUGUCCUAAUAUUGGCUAUUAUUCAUUUGAGAAAAACAUAGAAUGUUCACCAGCUUUUCUUAAAUGUCAAAUAAUGAAAACAGGUAAAUUGAGAGGAUACGUGCAUCAGUGUCCUGAAGGAUAUUAUUAUUGGACUAUUAGUAAAAGAUGUGAGAAGAAGGCCAAUUUAAAGGAUUGCAAGUCUUCUUCAAAUGAUUGGAAUAAUAGAUGGGAAAUUCCAUAUGAGAGAAGAAACAUUGCAAUUUGAAGAAAAAAAAAAUGCUAUUUUACAUGUGCAAUAUUGACCCGUGAAACUUGAUUUACUCGAUUUGAGUCAAUACAAUAAUUUUAUAAGUAUUUUCUUUAGUGUAUAAUCUAAUAUAAUGGAUUAUGGGUAAUUUAUUAAAAUACAAAAACUUAUCAUUUUAGAACCC